CCAUAGCGCAGGCUCCUCUCCUCUCCUCUCCGCCCGGAUUCCUUCCUUCCUUCCUGCGGGGCCCAAUUCCUGCUGCGCCACUCUGGCCAUGGCUCCUCUGACGGUGAAGGCCUACCUGCUGGGCAAGGAGGAGAGCACCCGCGAGAUCCGCCGCUUCGCCCUCCUCGAGAGGCCCGCCCGCUUCCAGCCGCUGCGGGAGAAGGUGGCCGAGCUCUUCCAGGGCCUCCUCCGCAACGCCAGCGGCGCCGGCGCCUUCCAGAUGCACUACAAGGAUGAAGAUGGAGAUAUGAUUGCUUUUUCCAGUGAUGAAGAACUGAAGCUGGCCCUACCUUGUGUGAAAGAUGGCGUUUUUCGCAUUUAUGUUAAAGAAAAAAAAGAACUUAAACGUGAACAUCUGCAUCGCCAGUCCUGCAGCCAGGAGCGUCCUUCCAGUAUGGUGCAUCCCAAUGUGAUUUGUGAUGGCUGUGAUGGCCCAGUUGUGGGUACCAGAUUCAAAUGCACUGUUUGUCCAGAUUAUGACCUGUGCAGUACCUGUGAGGGAAAAGGUACCCACAAGGAGCACCACAUGAUCAUGUUUCCAAGUCCACUGGUCUAUCCAUUUGAUUGGUUUCCUCGAGGUCGUUGGCAUCGUAAGAUGAAACAUGGUGCUUCUCCCUUUGCGUGGAUGCAAGGUUGGGGACAGGCUUGUCCUCGUCAGCAGCAAAACUCUGACCAGGCACAAGCUAGUGCUCCUUCUCAGAAUCCUCCUGCUGAGCAAGCAGCCUCUAGCAAUCAGCCUCAGGAUCCCAAUGUCACCUUCCUGAAAAAUGUUGGAGAAAGUGUUGCUGCAUUCCUGAGUCCAUUGGGUAUUGAUGUCGAUAUUGAUGUGGAACAUGAGGGUCAAAGAAGUAAAGUGUCACCUACACAAUCCAACUCAGAGGAGAACACCUCCAAACCUAGCACAUCCAAUGAUCAGGCUAAACCAAAAGCAAGUAACCAAAGCAAAACAGCUUCAGAAGCAGCUGAUGCUAUUACUGACCAGAUGCAGGAGAUGAUGGUGUGUUCUCCUUCACACAUGGAAGAUGAGAGCCUUUUGUCACAGGAACCAGGCGAGUCCAGCAGUAGUUCAGCAGGAGAUGAGGACUGGACUCAUUUGUCUCCAAAGGAAGUAGAUCCUUCAACUGGUGAGCCGCAGUCCUUACAAAUGCCAAAAAAUGACAACCCAUGUUCUUUGGAUCCAACUGAAGCUUCUUCUAGUAAUGCUGGACCAACAGGACUACGAGAAGCUGCACUCUACCCACAUCUUCCACCAGUAUGCCAGGGAGUGGCACUGUUUUUGUUCCCGUUGGCUACACAUUUCUUUCUUUUCUGGAAAUAUACCAGGGAGGAGGAGCCAAUGGCAUAGGGACUGGCACCAGUCCAGAGACCACCACUUUGAAUAGCACUGAAGUAUAACAAAGCCAUUGAGUGUUGAAAAAGAGCAAGAAUUUAAAACCAAUUGAACUAUAAAACAAUCAAAACCAGGUACAUUAGAUGUUGAAAUACUUAUGGAAGGAACUCAUUGCUCGGUGGGACACUAAUAAGGGUGGCACCAGGUAAACUCCCCAGGAAAAAAAGGGUAUCAUAAAAGAAAAAGCCGUGAUUGUCUGACUGCAUGUGGUAAUCAGAUUUGGGGGAAAGGUCUGUCAUGAAAAUCAUAGGAUUUAAGUGGAAUUGUAGCAUAGGAGACAGUCAAUUUAACAAAUAACUGUCAAGUCCAAACUAUUUGGAGGUUCAAAGGUCCCCACAGUUACAAAGCUUCCAAAGCAUGCUAAAUCCUAAGUUCACAACUAUUCCUGUGACAUUUAAUGUAAUUUUGUUUUUAUAUUCCGCCUUUCCCCUAGGGAAUCAAGGUGGAGUACAACAAUUAUAAGCAUAAAACCUCGUUAAAAUAAAAUUACAAUUAAAAAAAUUCCUGUAUCCUAACCUUCUUCCAAUGUAGGGUUUCCAUGUAGGAUUACCGCACUAACUCAAAAUCAGAAAUAUAUUCAUUAGGCUUUAGGGGUCCUUCUUAAUGGCAGAUCAACCCGGUUCCUGCCCAGCUUAGAGGCAGAUUUGGUUGCCUCUCCACUAGGGAGAGACAUUCAAGUCCAAUUUGCAUACUUCUGAAUGGCAGGGACAAAAUAUCCUAGGAACUUCUCCAUCCAGUAUGGAAAAUAAGUGUUUCUCAGAAAAUCCUGGUUUUUGUUUCUAGUUUGCUGUAUAACAAGUCCAAAUUCUUAU